AAGAAGAGAGAGAGAAAACAAAAAAAACAACUGAGAGAGAGAGAGAGAGAGAGAGAGAUGGAGGGGAAGAACAGUUAGUGCAAUUCACACAACAUCGAAAGCGAUAAAUAAUAAAAAAGCUUCCAACUUUUUUCUUUCUCCUUUUGCUUGUUUCAAAUUUCAGAAUUGGAUCCUCAAGAAUCGAAGAAACAAAGAAGAGGCAAGAACUGAAGAAUCGAAUCCCCAGGAAUCAAGCAAGCUCCUUUCUUUCUUUCACCACAAACUGCGGGUCUCUGUCUCUGUCUUGUCCCCAUCUUUUGCUUCUUCCCCCCUAAUCUAACCCUUGUUCUUGAGGUUUCAUUACAUCUAUGUCCUCUGUUCCUGCUUCGUUGAGAUCGAGCUUCUGUUUUUUAGAAUUGUAUGAUUUGAGGUGUGUGAAGCAGUCAGUAGAUGUAUACUUGGAGUGGAACUCAUUCUCUGCUCACUUGUACAUUAAGCAUUUGACUCUAAAUACCUGGUUUAGAAGAGAAAUCUAAAGAAAGGGGGAGAGGAAUGGAGACUGCCAAAGCUUGGCUGAGUAAGUUAAAAUCUAAAGACAAGGGCAAGUCUUCAAAAAAGAAGGAAGCAACGAGUAAUGCAAAAGAAGGACCGAGGACACCUGGAGGCGAAGAAGCGCUUUCAAAUGUAACCAAGGAGAAGGCUGCUGCUGCCAAACUAUAUAUUGAAAAUCAUUACAAAAUGCAAAUGCAGAGUCUGCAGGAAAGAAAGGAGCGACGCAAAAUGCUAGAGAAAAAGUUAGCUGCUGCAGAAGUGUCUGAGGAAGAGCAAAACAACUUGAUAAAGGAUUUGGAGCUGAAGGAAACUGAGUACAUGCGCCGUCAGAGGCAUAAGAUGGGAGCUGAUGAUUUCGAGCCAUUGACAAUGAUUGGGAAGGGUGCAUUCGGAGAGGUUAGGAUCUGUAGGGAGAAGGGAACAGGCAAUGUCUAUGCAAUGAAGAAGCUUAAGAAAUCCGAGAUGCUUCGCAGAGGCCAGGUGGAGCAUGUAAAAGCAGAGAGAAAUUUACUUGCAGAAGUUGACAGUAACUGUAUUGUCAAACUGUAUUGUUCUUUCCAAGACGAGGAGUAUCUUUACCUCAUAAUGGAGUAUCUACCUGGUGGGGAUAUGAUGACUUUACUUAUGAGGAAAGACACUCUUACUGAAGAUGAGGCCAGGUUUUAUAUUGGGGAAACUGUCCUGGCUAUUGAGUCCAUUCAUAAGCACAACUACAUCCACAGAGAUAUCAAGCCUGAUAAUUUGCUACUUGACAGAGAGGGCCACAUGAAACUGUCAGAUUUUGGAUUAUGUAAACCAUUAGAUUGUAGUAAUCUCCAGGAAAAAGAUUUCACAGUUGCACGAAACGUUAGUGGGGCCUUACAAAGUGAUGGCCGUCCUGUGGCCACAAGACGCACCCAACAGGAGCAGCUUCUUAACUGGCAGCGUAAUAGAAGGAUGCUUGCGUAUUCCACUGUUGGAACUCCUGACUAUAUUGCCCCAGAAGUUCUGCUUAAAAAAGGAUAUGGAAUGGAAUGUGAUUGGUGGUCCCUUGGCGCCAUUAUGUAUGAAAUGCUUGUGGGGUUUCCACCAUUUUAUUCAGAUGAUCCAAUGACAACUUGUAGGAAGAUUGUAAAUUGGAGAAAUUACUUGAAAUUCCCAGAAGAGGUUAGACUAUCACCAGAAGCCAAGGAUCUUAUUUGUAGGCUUUUAUGCAAUGUUGAACAAAGGCUUGGGACUAAAGGAGCUGAUGAAAUUAAGGGUCACCCUUGGUUCAGAGGUACGGAAUGGGGAAAGUUGUAUCAAAUGAAGGCUGCCUUUAUUCCUCAAGUCAAUGAUGAGUUGGACACCCAAAACUUUGAGAAAUUUGAAGAGACUGACAAGCAAGUUCCAAAGUCGUCAAAGUCAGGUCCAUGGAGAAAGAUGCUCUCGUCCAAGGACAUUAACUUUGUGGGUUAUACUUACAAGAACGUUGAAAUCGUAAACGAUGACCAAUUACCAGGGAUAGCUGAGAUUAAGAAGAAGAGCAAUAAGCCAAAGCGGCCGUCGAUUAAAUCCCUCUUUGAGGAUGAAUCAUCUGGUGGCGCAACAACAAACCAAGGAAGCUUCUUGAAUCUAUUACCGACGCAGAUGGAAGAACCGGAGAAAGAAGGUAGUAAGUGCAGCUCAUCCGGGUGAUUUGACUGACACAUUUGCACAGCCUGAAUCAGAGACACUUCUUAUAUAACUUAUGCGUGUGUUUUUGAUUUCGUUGAAAGCCUUUAUUUUUUGUUUUCCUCCAAAAGAGAGUAGUAGCAAAUGAUGAUGGGGUUUCAAACAAACGUACAGUCUCCUUUGGAAGCGAAGGCUCUCCCUCAAGGAGUGAAAGAUGGAUUAUUAUGUUUAAUUGUUUCAACAUAGGGUUGUUUGAUUUAUGCCAACCAAGAAAGAAAAAAGAAGUAAAUAUUCUUUUCGGAAUUGGUUUGUUUGUUAUUGUUUUCACACAAGGAAAUGGAGAGAAUUGGUUUUAUUUAAGUA